AAGGGUGCACUUGUAUCUUGUUUUCUUCCUUGAAAUGCGAAGCGAAUGUUUCUUGCGCUGCAAAGAAAUUUGAGAUGCUAGUUUUCGAACUUGUACCUGCGAUGCUCAGUGUUCACUCUUUAGCUCUAUGAACCAAAUGCCAUGGCGUUAUGUUGGCCCGAUUGGAUGGAGAAGAAGAAUUAAAGGAGGCAAGGGAAACGGAUGAUCUGAUGUUAGCCAUCCUCUGUAUCCUUGUGACUUCGAUCGGUGGCUCUCAAAUUCACUAGCUUGUCUAAGAUGUCUUCCGUGGUGCAAAGAGUAGCUGCUUUGUUCAACUUCUGGAAAAGGAUUCCGGGAGACAAGCCUAGAGAUCGCUUUGACUUAAGCUUGUCAUCCGGUCCUACUACACGGCCAUUGUCAACCACCAGCGGCAGUAGCAGCGGCGCACAGCCAGAAACGAGCAACAAACCCGAGCCUGGAUCUAGUGAGAGCCGCAGCUGGAUCUUUGGUCAAGUCCUGGACCCAAGAAGCAGGUAUAUCCGUGCUUGGAACCGGCUCUUCCUUGUAUCUCGUGGGCUCAGCUUAGCAAUCGAUCCCCUAUUCCUGUAUGUCGUUUCGAUCGAUGAGGACUCCACCUGCCUUCAUGUUGACGGGUGGUUUGCAGCACUGGUGACCAUUCUUCGGGCAGCGAUCGAUGUCAUGCUGCUGUGGCAUGUCCGGCUGCAGCUCAAGCUUGCAUUCGUGUCUAAGAAGAGCCUUGUCGUUGGGAGGGGAAAACUGGUGUGGGACGGUAAGAAGGUAGCAUUGCAUUACAUUCAGCAACGUGAGGGCUUCCUCUGCGACGUUCUGGUUAUGCUGCCGAUCAUGGAGGUUCUGAUCUGGCUGAUAGUUCCAGGGAUGAUCACAAAGCGUAACCAGGGAAUUCACAUGAUGAGCCUCGUUCUCUUCGUUUUUAUUCUCCAGUACCUGCCUAAGGUGUCACACUUGGUUCUUCUCAUGCGAAGAAUGCAACAUGUGACAGGCUACAUUUUUAGCAGCGCAUGGUGGGGAUUUGUCCUCAAUCUCACAGCCUACUUCAUUGCCUCGCAUGUCGCAGGAGCUUGCUGGUAUCUACUGGGUCUUCAGCGUAUUGAGACAUGUAUGCACGUUCAGCUCGAAAAGAAGGGGUUUCGAUCCUCAUGGCUAGGUUGCCACAAACCUAUCUCGUUUGGACAUGCCCCAGUCAAAGGAUCAACUACAUCACCUCUCAGCAUUAACUCGGCCGCCUUCAUCUCAUGCAUUUCCAACUAUACCAACACUUUUAGCUACGGAAUCUACCAGCCAACAAUACCUCUGGCCCUCACCAGGAACUGGCUGGAACGGAUAAGCUACCCAAUUUUUUGGGGUCUCAUGACAUUGAGCUCAUUUGGAAACUUGGAGCCCACCAACCAUGUACCAGAGGUUGCAUUCAGCAUCAUUGUCAUCACCUGUGGCCUAUUGCUCUUCACACUUCUCAUUGGAAACAUUCAGAUGUUUCUCUAUUCUAUGACUUCAAAGAAAGAAGAAAUGCAGCUUAAGAUGAGGGACCUGGAGCACUGGAUGAAGAGGCGUCAGCUUCCAACUCGCCUCAGGCACCGUGUCCGACAUUACGAGCGGCAGAAAUGGGCUUCCACCCGGGGUGUAGACGAGCAUGCCAUGGUUUGUGACUUGCCAGAUGGCAUCAAACGAGACAUCAAGAGGCAUCUCUGUCUCGACCUUGUUCGACAGGUCCCACUGUUUGGACAGAUGGACGAAGUGGUUCUAGACAAUAUUUGCGACCGCGUGAAGCCAAUCCUUUAUAUCAAGGACGAAAUCAUUAUGAGAGAAGGCGACCCCGUGCUACGCAUGCUAUUUAUGGUCCGUGGGCAACUUGAGAGCGUGUAUCGAGUGGGCAAGAGCAAAAUGAGCACUGUCACACUGGGCCCUGGCAACUUUUGUGGGGAAGAACUUCUACCGUGGUGCCUAUACAGGUCAUCCGACACAAUUGCGAGUUUGCCACCCUCCAUUGCCACCAUCAGCUGCCUGGAAUCAGUGGAGGCGUUUGGCCUUGAAGCCGAAGACUUGAAGUACGUGACGCAGAACUUUCAGCACACCUUCAUCAACGAGAAGCUGAGGCACACUACCCGGUACUACUCGCCUGGAUGGCGGACCUGGGCAGCUGUAAACAUCCAGCUUGCAUGGAGGCGUUACAAGUACCACAAGGCCCUGGCUCUUGACAUGCCACGUCAGGGUGGCUUUGUCCGAAAGGCAAGUGAAGCGUCACUCCGGAAGGAUUUGCUCCGGAUGUACGCAGCUAUGAUGGUGUCACCAAAACCUCGAGACGCAACAGCACUGCAGAGAGUAUAACUAUUUUCAACUCGUGGAGAAGCCUAUCGCUUAGAAAAGGUCUAGAAGGGCUUUGUUUCCAAGUCUACCUUAUUAAACACAGCCCAGCCUGGCGCUUGACAUGCCACGUCAGGGUGGCUUUGUCUGAGAGGCAAGUGAAGCCUCAAGGAUUGCUCCGGAUUUAUGCAGCUAUGAUGGUGUCACCGAAACCCCAGCACCGCAGAGAGUAUAACUAUUUUCAAAUCGUCUAGGAGCCUAUCGCUUAGAAAAGCUCUAGAAGAGUCUGCCUCAAACACAGCACAGAUCUCUGGACCAGAUAAUUUAUUCAAAGAUAUUCGUUUUACAAACA